AUUUUUAUUUUUUGUACAGCAGAUGGCAGCACUGAUUGAAACCAAUACCUACUUAUUUACCUACUUACUUGAAGUCCAAAGUUUAUUUUGAAAAAGUUGGUGAUAAUUUUGCGUAAUCAGUCGCAAAUUUUUUUCUUUUUUGUAACUAGAGUAAUUUAUAAUUGAUAUUUCAUCGCAAUUUUGCUUGAAAAUCAUUCAAAUAGAGUAAGCAAUGUAUCCGUACUGAUGACAAGUUUCGUAACGUUUUCGUGACAACAUAAUCAUCUUCAAACUGCCAACAUGAUGCGGGCAAGUUCAUCUCAUGCUCAUGUUUCUCGUCAUCAUUACGGUUCCGAUCAUUCCGAAAGUGACAGAAGCGAUAGAAGACAUCGUGAACGGGAACGCCAAAGAGAACGAGAUCAAGAUAGAGAAAGAGAACGGGAUCGGUAUCGAGAAAGAGAACGGGAUCGCGAUCGAGAUCGAGAAAGAGAACGGGAUCGAGAUCGAGAAAGAGAACGAGAUCGAGAAAGAGAAAGAGAACGAGAUCGAGAAAGAGAACAGGAUCGAGACAGGAAUCGGGAUCGGGAACGCGAUCGUGACAGAUCUGCGCACAAGAAACACAAAAAACACGAAGUCGAAUCACCAGUCAGAAAUAAAAAAUCGAAAAAACACAAAGAUCACCGCAAAAGUAAACAUAAAAGGCGAGAUUCAUCCUCAUCUUCAUCUUCUUCAUCAUCGUCGUCCAAGUCAUCUAGUUCUUCCGCAUCGUCGAGUAAAUCCGACACAGAAGUAAAACUACUAAAACGUUUGGCCGAAAAACGUAAAGAAAUAAUGGAACAGAAACGCAAACAAAAAGAGGUAAUGAAAGCUACCGAAACAGCGGAAGAAAAACGUCGUCGAAGAUUACUCAAGAAGGAAGCCAAAGAACGUAAACGAAAAGAGUUAAUGGGCUGGGAUAACGACUACUUGCAUUAUACCAAUAAUGAUAAUCCUUUCGGCGAUAAUAAUUUACUAUCGACGUUCGUCUGGGAUAAGAAAUUAUCCAAAGAUGGCCUGGAAGGUCUAACUAGAGAAGAGCUACAGAUGAAAAGUAGACAGCAAAUGGAAGAAAGUAAACGCGAAUUGGAAAAAGUUAAAAAGAGGAGAUUAGAACGUGAAUUAGAACGCCAGAAAAAAGACGAAGAGUUGUCACUGUUGCAACGUUCCAAAGAAGCUGCUCAGUUCGAAGAAUGGGAACGUCAAGAAGAUCAGUUUCAUUUACAACAAGCUCGGUUACGGUCUCAGAUACGAAUACAAGAUGGCAGAGCCAAACCUAUCGAUUUAUUAGCCAAAUAUAUAAGCUCCGAAGAAGAUGUAGACGCGAUACUUACGGAAUUAAUGCACGAACCGUACACUUACCUAAAUGGUUUAUCCAUUCAAGAUUUAGAAGAUCUCAUCGAAGAUAUUAAAGUUUACAUGGAGUUGGAAAAAGGAAAAAAUCUAGAUUACUGGAACGAUAUUACCAUCUUGGUGAACGACGAACUGCAUAAAUUGAGAAAAUUAGAAAAACAAUCGGAUUUUGAAGUACUUCGAAGAGAAGGCAUCAGCCAAUCUGUUGUAACCGAUGUUAAGAAAAUAUUCCAUGGUAAAACUGUCAAAGAAUUGGAAUCACUGCAGAGACAAAUAGAAGCCAAGAUCCACAGUGGAGAAGAAGGUAUCGAUAUCGGCUACUGGGAAUCUUUAUUAUCAGAACUAAAAGCUUACAUGGCUAGAGGCAGACUGAGAGAUCGACAUCAAGAAAACUUGAAGAAAAAAUUAGAAAUACUGAAAGCCGAACAAGGUGUCCAAAAACCCGAACCCGAUGAAACUGCUGUGAAAGCCGAACCUGGAGACGAUACCGAAAAUAAAUCCGACCACGAAACACAAAACGAAGACGAUCAAGAAUCCGACGAACAAGAAGAACCUUCGGAAUACAGCGAAGAUUACAAUACUGGCAUGUACAGUCCUCAAUUCGUGAGCGUAGAUAGUCUAGAACCAGGAACCAUAAUCGUAUCCGAAGAAGACGACCUCAAUAGAUUGAAAUUCAUGCGAUCGCAAGUUCAAAACAGCGGAUCUCGUGUCGAAAGUGUCAUUUCCAAAGAAGAAGUAGCUCUGCAGCGUGAAGCUCGUAAAGGUAUGACUGACGAUGAAUGCGAGUUCUCGGUCGAAUCCACUCUCGAAAACCAAGUGUUUCUUUGGUCCGAUAAAUAUCGACCUAGAAAACCUAGAUAUUUCAAUAGGGUCCAUACUGGUUUCGAAUGGAAUAAAUAUAAUCAAACUCACUACGAUAUGGAUAAUCCACCUCCAAAGAUCGUCCAAGGUUACAAGUUCAAUAUAUUUUAUCCUGACUUGAUUGAUAAAAGUUCAACGCCCGAAUAUCACUUGACUGCUUGUCCCGAUAACCCUGAUUUCGCUAUUCUACGAUUCAAGGCCGGACCACCUUACGAAGAUAUCGCAUUCAAAGUCGUCCACAGAGAAUGGGAAUACUCCUACAAGAAAGGAUUCCGAUGCCAAUUCCAAAACAACAUAUUUCAAUUAUGGUUCCAUUUCAAAAGAUACAGAUACAGAAGAUAGUACUGUUUACUUUGUUUUUGUCAUCGUGAGUUUUGUAAUUUAAUCUAUCGCCUGUUUUUAUAUUAAAAGCAAUAAGAUAAAUCGAGCGUUUAUUUCGUACGUACUCGUUGAAUCGCGAAUUUUUUUUUUUUUACAGUUACGUAGAGCUAAAAAUACGCGAAUUAGAAUUAUUUCGAGAUAACUAAUAAAAUAAAAUGUCAACUACACGA